AUGGCGAUGAUGAGACCAAAAAUAAAAGUUGCAUCUGUGAUAAACAAAAAAUAUUUGGUCUGUUUUACAACAACUCUUCGAUAGAGUCGAGAUUUCCCGAAUUUCAGGCAUUCAGAAGGCUCGGAGAAGGUGGAUGCGGAGUUAUUUACGAGGUUGCCAUGCUCAAAUGCCCCGGACGGAGAUUCGCGUGCAAAGUGGGCGGAAGAUGGAAGAGAUUGAGAUGAACACGGUGGUUUAGGCAGAGACGACGGUGCCAGAUGAGGAUCCGACUUUGCCGAUGGAGCACAAAGUGAUAUCACUGCUCAACGAAAAGAACUCCAUUCACUGCGUGGAACUGAUCGAGAAGGGACAGGCGGAAAACUAUCAGUUCAUCGUCAUGACUCUCCUCGGUCCUUCUCUCGAUGCCAUACGAGCUGCCAUCCCCACUCAUGUUCUACGCAUUCCCAUAUUUUCUUUGCAACGUUUUAUUUUUCAGAAGUUUUCCACAUUCUCAACUCUGGUGAUCGUCAUCCAAGCACUGGACACCCUCAAAGAGAUCCACGAAAUCGGCUACGUCCAUCGAGAUGUGAAGCCCGCCAACUUUGCAAUCGGAUCGCUCGGAACACCGAAACAACGACUCGUCCAUGUUCUCGACUUUGGAAUCGCUCGUCAGUUUCUGGUUGCAGACGAAGAAGGAACAGGACUGCGGAUCCGGAAACCUCGGAGGAUUGUGCCCUUCCGUGGCACGCUCCGUUAUUGCUCAGUGGCUGCGCAGGACCGGAAGGAGCAAGGGAGACACGACGAUCUGUGGUCUCUGUUCUACAUGAUCGUCGAGUUCGUCAAAGGAUCUUUGCCGUGGGCGGGAAUUUCGGAUGAAGAGAAGGUGAUCGUGAUGAAGGGCGACGUGACUGAACUGUUCAACGGCCUCGAGCAGGAGUUCGUCUCUUUCGCCCAGCACCUCUCUGUUCUCCGAUACAAAUCGAAACCCGACUACUGCCUUCUUCGGGAUCUCCUUCUCAACGUUUUCAUACGGAAAUGCUUCAACCCUCAAAUGAAAGUGGACUGGGAGAAGGGCGGUCGGUACGAGAUUCACUUUGAGAAAAAGACAGCGACACUGUAAGUUAUGUGCUCCAUUUUCAAAAGCAAUAACGAAUCAUUUCAGUCCGACUGUCACUGAAAAGGACAUGACGGAAGUGGAUCUGGCGAAACUGUUGAUGGUGCCGGAGACGGAGAGAAACAUCAGUGCGGAGGAGGUGGUGGCGGCCGGGAAAAUGGCGGAUGACGAUGGCGAACUGAACACAGCACAAGACGAUACGAUCAUUGAGGGCAAAGUCGCUACGGUAAUGACGAAGAAUGGAAUAUUUCCGUUCAGCUCUGUUUCAGACAGAGAGCAAGCCGAAAGUUGUUGUGACGGAAGCCAGUAAACGAGCGAAACGACGCUACAUUCCGAAGACCGCUUCUGCCCAUAAAGUAGAAGUGAUUGAGAGUAAUUGGAGGAGAAAAGAUGAAGCGGCGAUGAAGGAGAAACUGAAAAAGCACGCAAUGGCGGAGAAAAGAGCGAAAGCAGAUUUCAUUGUUCCGGAGGAAGGCACUGUGGUGAAGCGGAAAGAAAGGGACGUGGCAGUCACUCCGACGACGACGCCUUCGAACAAACGGAAAACGAAAUGA